GCACAACGUUGUACUUCGAGUAGAACUUGUUUUUGAUUAAAUAGUAUUUGCGUCGCAGUUUUAGGUAAAAAUUCAGAAAAAAGUGUUGUACACCGUUCCAAUUACGCAAACAACAAGCUAGAAUAUACGAAGUUCGCAAAAAACAACAGUUUCGUCAAAAUGGUGUCAAACCCCAAGCGUGUGCGCUACGUUUCAGAAAAUUUUUCCUCGUCGGAGGGCGAAGGCUUCGACGAAGACGACUACCGACCCGACAAGAGAAGCGAUCGCCAUCCCAAAGGCAAAGGCAAGUGGCUAUCGAAAAACGCGAUAAUGGCACGCGAAAACCGAUUGAAAAAGAAAAUUUACAUCACGAACCUAGAGAAAGAAGUGGAUGAAUUGAAAACGAAAAACACAGACUAUUUAAAAGUUGUAGAAAGCCAGUCAUUGCUAAUCUCUGAUUUAAAAAAAGAAAUUAAGUACUUGAAAAGUGUGAUCGCGAACAGUACUGAUAUCGGCACGUUAGUCAAAAAUAUCCAUCAAAAUACAGCCAAAACAACCUAUAGCUAGAAAAACAGCGCAUCCGUGGGAGGAGAAAACGUAUCCUAGUUAUCCUACUCCAGAGCCUGAUCUGGCGCUGAAUGAUAGUUUCACUGAUGACUUAUUGAAUUCAGAACUGAAUGAGUUUUUAGGGGACAGUUUUGUAAGUCCCGUUGAUUUAGAAGAAGGUGUAUGUGAUAAUCAUUUGAAAGAACACAAUUAUACGAGCGUCCAUGACGACGACGGCGACGACAGUGAUGUUGGGGUGUGUCUUCACGUUUCCAAACACCGCGUAUCUCUGGAGUUUUGUUCAACGUGCAGCGACAACGCUACCUUGGCGUGGAAUAACUGAAAGCAAAAUGUCUGUAUUUUUAAGUAUUUUUGUUAUGUAUGAAACUCUUUCCUUGCACUUAGGGCAAUGUUGUUAGUUAGAUAUCGAAACUAAGAAAAUUAGAAUACUAUUGCUUUUUUAAAUUUUCAGGACCUGGUGAGAAUUGGGGCCUAGGUUCAGAAGGACUUGCAGUCUACCUUCUGAAAUGAUUUAAAAGUACUGUGCAGUCAAGUCAUCAUCAGCAAUGACUGGAUUGAGUAGAGUAUAAAUGUAUCGUUCCAUGUUAAAUAUCAAUUUCGUUUUAGAAAUCGCAUAUUUCCAUGUUUUUUGCACUUAUACUAAACAAGUAUGUUUUUGAGUUUCAGCACGUAGCAGAAGCAACGGGGCGACAUUUUUGGGCUACAUAACCCAUAUUUUUAUAUUUAAUUUUUAGUUAGGUAGGUGUGUAAGGAAAGGGUCAAUAAAAUUUUGUAUUUAUGUUAA